CAUGGCCCUCUAUUUGAAGCAUCACUAAGAUCCCCCCUUCGCUAUUUUAGCCCAAAGAUUUCCGAGUAGGUCCAGAAGAAUGAGCGACUUCCGCCGUACGCAGAACACCUUCGGGGACGCCUUCCCUACCGCCGAUCAGCUGCACGGUGGCUUCAACUUCGACAACUGUCGCCGCAAUGAGCUUCUGCUUAGCCAGUCGGGCGGUAAGCAGAAGCUCAAGGCCACCAAGACGGGCACUACUAUCGUCGGCGUCGUCUACAAGGACGGCGUGGUGCUGGGAGCAGACACGCGCUCGACCGGUGGCUCCAUCGUCAUGGACAAGAACUGCGAGAAGAUCCACUACAUCGCGCCUAACAUCUACUGCUGCGGUGCCGGCACGGCCGCAGACACCGAGAACACCACAGCUCUCAUUUCGUCGCAGUUGGAGCUGCACCGCCUGAACACGGACACGCAGUCGCGUGUGGUUACGGCCAUGACGCUGCUGAAGCGGAUGCUGUUCCAAUACCAGGGCUACGUAUCGGCUGCGCUUGUGUUGGGCGGCGUCGACGUUACCGGCCCGCACCUUUACACCAUUUACCCCCACGGAAGCACGGAUAAGUUGCCUUUUGUGACGAUGGGAUCGGGUAGUCUGGCCGCUAUGUCGGUGUUCGAGCACGGCUACAAGGACGACAUGACGGAGGACGAGGCAAAGAAACUGGUGCAGGAGGCCAUUCUGGCCGGUAUUUUCAACGAUCUGGGCUCGGGCAGCAACGUGGAUGUGACGACAAUCAAGAAGGUCAACGGCAAGGUGGAAGUGGUCAAGGAGUUUAACUGUAUCAAGCCCAACGAGGUGUCGGAGCUGCGCUCGCAGAUCAACCGGGACAUCGUCACGCACAUCCCGCGCGGAGCUACUCAUGUCCUGAGCUCCAAAACAGAGCUUUUCCCUGCCAACAUUGUCGUCGAGGAAGCCACGCCCAUGGAACUGUAGACGCAGAUCGCUGCUUACCUGGCAUUCUGACGUGAUACUAGACCGAAAUGGCUAAAAUUGCGAAAGAGAUUGCACCUUUGAACGAUUAUUUGCUUUGGUAACGUCAUCCAUUUUUGCAGAUCAAAUCUCCAAACUAAUGCCUUUUUUAACGCUAGUCCUCGUGCACCGGCAUGAUCAUAUCCGCUGUCAACUGCAGCUUCUC